AUGACAGAUACAGAUACUGCUAAUGCAGGGGACCAAUACGAGUUAACUUAUAAGGUUGGUGUGGCAGAGAACAAAAAUUUCAAGUUCAGGAAAACUAUGGAAGAUGUUCACACAUAUGUAGAAAAUUUUGCAAGUAGAUUAGAUUGGGGAUAUUUUGCCAUAUUUGAUGGUCAUGCAGGCUCACAAGCAUCUAAAUGGUGUGGGUCAAAUUUACAUUCAAUUAUUGAAUCGGAAAUGAUAAAAGGAAAAGAUGAAAGUGGGGAAGAAUCUAGUAAGAAUACUAAUACUGACAAUGUUCGUGUUAUUUUGAAUAGAAGUUUUAUGAAGGCCGAUAAACAUAUUUGCGAAUCUUUGCCCGGAAAUAGUGGGUGUACUGCUGCUGUAUGUGUAUUAAGGUGGGAGAUACCGAAAAGCAAUGAUACCAAGACUGAUAAUACCAAUGCUAGCACGUUGAGCAACAAUACUUUGUACCAACAUAAAAGAAUGUUGUACACUGCCAAUGUAGGUGAUACAAGAAUAGUAUUGUUUAGAAAUGGCAAAGCUAUAAGACUAACCUACGACCACAAAGCUAGUGAUUACUAUGAAAUGAAGAGAGUGGAACAGGCGGGUGGUUUAAUAAUGAAAAGCAGAGUUAAUGGAAUGCUAGCAGUCACACGUUCUUUGGGCGAUAAAUUCUUUGAUAGCUUAGUUAUUGGUCAACCUUUUACUACGAGUGUUGAAUUGACCAGUAAAGAUCAGUUUUUAAUCAUAGCAUGUGAUGGAUUAUGGGAUAUUAUUAGUGACCAAAAAGCCUGUGAGUUAAUUAAAAAUAUCAAAGCUGAUAAUGCUGACUUAGCCGCUAACACAUUGGUAAAAUAUGCUUUAGCUAAUGGAACUACUGAUAAUAUCACUGUAAUGUGCGUUUAUUUCAGCACGUAUGAUGCAGAUGAUUGA